AGAGGCUCGCGAGCAGCGCCGUGCACUGUUAUACUGGGAUUGUACUUCAACGGGAGUUUGCGGUUUGGCAGGUUUAUAUACAUCAAAACAGAACAAAGAGAGGCUCUACAGAGCUAUAAAAGAAGAGAGUGAAAAGAAUAAAGCGAGGGAGAAAUCUCUGAAACUGAAUUACAAAAGAAGUGAGGACUCUCUGCUAAUGUUUUUCUCAUCCAAAGGGGACAUAAACUGGGACUUUGGACAUUGUGGAGAAUUUGCAAGGCUUUUUUUGUUUCAGCGAGCAGCAAAAGUUUGUUUGGGACGACGCUUUUCCAGCUGUAUAUUUUAAUUUUAAUGCGCCCAAUUCCAUCCCAGUGCAAAACUUUCCAAACGGACUGCACAUGGUUUCAAAGGGCUUUUGAAAAACCUGGGAUUUAUCGCCGAUUUCCAUGCACAGUUUGAAGUCGAAUGCUGUAAAUUCAUGCGGAUUUUAUCCAGUUUUCUGCGGCUGUUUUUGAAGCUUUUUUUGCGUUUUUACGCACGUCGAUGGUAUCACCAAAAAGCUCCCCAUACUUUUAAAGUUUGAAUAAUUCAUGAGAUACAAUUUGCCUGCUCGAAAGAAGUGACUGUAAAAGGGAGGGGGGUUAUCCACAAACAUAUUCAUAAGGGUUGACGGAAUGGCCACCGCGGCUUCCAAUCCUUAUCUGGCCAGCAAUAGCAUCUUAUCGUCCGGCUCCAUCGUGCACUCUGACUCCGGAGGUGGUGGCAUGCAGCCGGGCAGCGCUGCGGUUACCUCGGGGUCUGGGGGUUACAGGGGAGACCCCUCGGUCAAGAUGGUGCAGAGUGACUUUAUGCAAAACGCAAUGGCAGCCAGCAACGGGGGACACAUGCUGAGCCAUGCCCAUCAAUGGGUGACAUCGCUGCCGCACGCCGCAGCAGCCGCAGCAGCAGCCGCGGUGGCUGCAGCUGAAGCCGGAUCGCCGUGGUCGUCGAGUCCCGUCGGGAUGACAGGCAGCCCGCAGCAGCAGGACGUGAAAAACUCCGGCAGAGACGAUCUGCACACUGGCACCGCGCUGCACCACAGGCCCCCUCACUUAGCCCCCCACCAGACUCACGCCGGGGCUUGGGGGAGCACGACUGCCGCGCACAUUAACUCAAUAUCCGGGGGACAGCAGCAGCAGCAGUCGCUCAUCUACUCCCAGCCCGGGGGGUUCACAGUGAACGGGAUGCUGAGCCCGGGGAGCCAGAGCCUGGUGCACCCGGGCUUGGUGAGGGGGGACACCCCGGAUCUGGACCACGGCAACCACCACCACCACCAUCACCACCAGCAUCAGCACCACCAGCACCACCAAGGCGUCAACAGCCACGACCCGCACUCGGACGACGACACGCCGACGUCGGACGACCUGGAGCAGUUCGCCAAGCAGUUCAAGCAGCGGAGGAUCAAACUGGGCUUUACGCAGGCGGAUGUCGGCUUGGCGUUGGGCACCCUGUACGGGAACGUUUUCUCUCAGACCACCAUUUGCAGAUUCGAGGCUCUGCAGCUCAGCUUCAAGAACAUGUGCAAGCUGAAGCCUUUGUUAAACAAGUGGCUGGAGGAGGCCGACUCGUCCACCGGCAGCCCCACCAGCAUCGACAAGAUCGCGGCGCAGGGAAGGAAGCGAAAGAAGCGCACUUCCAUCGAGGUGAGCGUCAAGGGAGCUUUGGAGAGCCACUUCCUAAAAUGCCCCAAACCUUCGGCGCAGGAGAUCACCUCCCUGGCGGACAACUUGCAGCUGGAGAAGGAGGUGGUUAGAGUGUGGUUUUGCAAUAGGAGACAGAAGGAAAAACGGAUGACGCCCCCAGGAGUGGCUCAGACGCCGGAGGAUGUGUACUCUCAGGUCGGCAAUGGGCAUUUUUUAGUAGAUUACUUAAAAGAUGAAGCGAGCGACCAGAGGGUGACAACCACAAGUUCAUUCCACCAGAAACAAAGGAGCAGACAUUUUGUAUAUUUAGGACUGAACCGCCUUCCCUCCCCUUCUUCCUCGCCUGACAAUAACAGAAGGGGGGCAACAAUAUGAACAAGAGUGACAUCCACGACGCUUCCACCAUCAUUUCCCUGCAAAUUUGUUCUCUCUCCCCCCCCACCCCCUCACGUGGACUGCAUGUUUUCACCCCCAACACACACACCAGGAGGAGGAUUAUUCUUCUUUUUGUCCCAUCUCCAGAUCCAGAGAGAAAAGAGAAAGCAGGACUGUCCCCUUCAAAAAACUGCCUGAUCUUAAAAAGAUCACCCCCCCUUUUUUUUUUUUUUUUUUAAAUAUUAUUAUUAUUUAAAGGACUUUGACAGCGUGAGUGGAUUCUUCUCCUUUUUUUCUCAACAAAAAGAGCAUAAGACAUUUGCAAAAAGACUUCAAACUGCACUUAUUUGAGGAAGAACAAAAAAAAUCUGUUGCCAAGUGUGACUGAGUGGGUGCUGUGGAUAUUCUAUUAAUGCUGCCCUUUCUAAGCAGUGUUCUUUGGUAGGUUUUAAUAAACAAGAAACUCUGUAAAGCCGGCAAUAUAGAUCACUAGAUCAGAUACUGAUCUGACUUAUUUACUUUAUAUUUUUCAUCAGAAUUACUUGUUUUAAUAUUUUAUUCGGAAUACGUAUGAAUUAUUCCAAACGGUAAUUUAUUUUCCCCUCUUCCUCUCCAGGAAACUUGUGUAAGAUGCUUCCCCCCUUUUUUUUUUCUUCUUCUUCUUUCGUUUCAAUAUUUUUCCUCUAUUUUUGUUGUUGCCCUUAUUUUUGUUAUUCUUUUGUAUUUCUAAAGGAGCACAAAUCAUCAUAAAGCUGACCGUUGUUAGGUAAUAAGGGUACAUUUUUGAUGUGAUCAUUUGAUUGUAAUUUAAUUUCAGUAGUGGUUCCGUACGAGCUGAUUGAGACACAAUAAAUUUGUUAGAAUGAAAUGCAA